AUGCCCACUUUCAGCAAUAGUGUAAGAGAAGAGGUUAUCGACGUAACACUGAGCACGCUUAACUUAGCUCAGGACAUCAGGGACUGGAAAGUGUCUCUAACACCCUCUCUAUCGGAUCACAGGUAUAUACUGUUCAAGACUGAUGGAGAGAUUCCGGAUAAAUAUGCUCGGAAUCCCAGGCAUACUAGAUGGGGGUCCUUUAGGGCAGACAUUGACAGUAAGCUUGGAGCGGUCCCAUACAGGCUUGGCAGGGGCUCUGACAUAGAAGCAGCUGUCGAGUCUCUGAGCAGGGACUUGACGGCCGCAUAUGAGGAAAACUGCCCGUUACGCAAAGUACAAGUACUCAUAUGUUUCUUGCGUUGA